AUGGCCCGGCGGCAGUUUGACUUUAGCAGCUAUAACAAUUUUCACAAAAAUCAUAUUAAAUUGUUUGCUGCCUAUAUGAAAACGGCAAAUCUAAUGCAAAACUUUAAUGUGCUUAAGCGCUCGCUGUAA